AAACAAAUCGGUGCCAGGACAGCGCCAGGCAAUGGAUAAAUGGUGAGGCCACAAAGAAACAGAAAUAUUCAGCUUGGAAUCAGGAAGGAUCUGUGCAGAACUUUCCCAAGUGCAGAAUGAUAAAGUGGGAGAAAGAAUAUCCGAAACAAAGAGCAAAAAAUGGAUUCUACUUUAGCUGAUGCAACAAUGAAUAACCACACGAAUGAGACCUGUGAUGUCUAUAUGCACAACAGGACAAAGACAGUGGGGUUUUCUUUGUUUUAUAUCAUCAUCUUCAUAAUUGGCUUAUCAGGAAACAUUCUGGCCCUGCACAUAACCUAUCAGAAACGUCGAAAGAUCAACUCAACUACCCUUUACUUAAUCCAUCUUGCCAUCUCUGAUGCUCUCUUUACCCUGGCUCUACCGACUCGAUUCAUCUACACUCUCCGAGGCUUUGACUGGCCAUUUGAUGAGGCUCUGUGCAGGAUUUCUACCGUGAUUUUCUACAUAAAUACUUACGUCAGUAUUCAGUUCAUGACCUGUUUAAGCUUUGACCGAUAUGUUGCAGUAGUCCACCCUCUUCGUUUUGCCAAGUUCAGGAAAGUAAAGAAUGUGAGAUACAUCUGUGCUGCAGUCUGGGUCUUUGUUUUCAUGCAGACAGCGCCGUUGCUCUUUAUGAAAAUGACGAAGGAGAAUAAUGGCUUGAAUACCUGUAUGGAAUACCCAAACUUUGAUACAAAUCCGAACCUGCCUAAACUACUUCUCAUUGCCUGUUUUGUGGGCUAUUGCAUUCCCGUAGCUCUAAUUCUGUUCUGUUAUUCAAGAGUCAAUGUAAAGCUCUGCAAAAUGGCAAAACAAAACCCAUUAACCGAAAAACUGGGCAGAAACAAGAGAGCCAUCACUGUAAUUGUUCUCGUUCUUAUAGGAUUUCUCAUCUGCUUCACUCCGUAUCAUAUCACCAUCAUCCAGCACAUGAUCAGAAAGCUUAUUUACCAGCAGAAUUGUUGGGAGGUGCAAAUCUUCAAGGAGAGUCUGCAAGUCUCUGUCUGCUUCAUGAACUUCAAUUGCUGCAUUGAUCCUCUCAUCUACUUCUUCGCAUUCAAGGGUUAUAAGAGAAAAGUUAUGAGUAUACUACGUCACAUCUUGUCUUUGCCAAGUUCUAUGAAGAACUCUGAAACCAACAGCAUAAAAAACAGUACUCCUGCAACUCUCAUUCAGAUUCAAGGAUCAGGAUCAGGAUCUGGGAAUUAA